AUGUCCCUCCUGCAGUGUCCCCGGCAAUGUGUAAUCUGGGUGGAUGCCGGCAUCUGUCAUCUGGGUUCCGUUCCCUGCGUCCCAUUCGGGACGUACGGGGGACGGAACGGCGGGAAAUUUGAAAAUGACAAAAAGUGACAUUCACUAAAAUCACUGUAUCAAACCAUUUCACAUACAUUUUGUCCCGAGUGCUUUGUCCUGUGCCCUGCCUGAAUUUUUACUGUUCUUUCUGCCUGGAAACUGAGAAACGUCCAUGGCGUCCAAAAAGCGUCCCUUUAGGUCAAAAUCGGUUUUAGAUCAGCUAGAGAACAGCGAUAGUAAAUUAGAACUACUUGCAGAAUUGA